AUGGCUAGUCCGCAGCAGCCAUACACCGACGGCCAGCCUGGGGCAGGAGAGGGGCAAGACGGCACGUAUAAUGACCAACUAGCAGGCUCAGCUCCGGCGGCGGCCAAGAAGAAGAGAGCGUACGCGGGUCAGGCUUACGAGUUUGGAGCCGGUGGCAACGCUGCUUUGGGAGGCCAACAACCUGGAGGCGGCCAGUUUCCUGCUCAAGCCGCUCCGGCAGCAGGAGGAUAUGGAUAUCCGGGCCAGCAACCUGCUCAAGGUCAACCGCAAUAUGGCACGCCGCAGCAACCGCAGUAUGGAGAUCCCAACGCACAAAACCAAGCCCCUCAACCUGCAUAUGGGCAACCGCAGUAUGGCGCGCCCCAAGCCGGGUAUGAAGCCCCAGCUGCUGGCUACCCGACCGCUCCGCAGCAAGUACAGCAAGCGGGAGUGCAAGGUGUGCAGCAACAAUUCUCCCAAAUGACCGUGGGCGGAGGGCCUCAAUCACAACAAGCUGGGGCCGCGGUGCCGCAAUUGCGUUUGAAUCCUCUCCGACCAGUGGAUAUCAGCGCCCAGGGCCAACCCUUCCAUGUCAGCGAUCUCGAUCAACCUCCCCCGGCAUUGAUUCUGCCCGCAAACUCUGCAGUCACACCAUCCCCGCACUCCAACUGCCCGCCGAAGUACAUUCGCUCAACGCUCAAUGCCAUGCCCGCCACAUCAUCCCUCCUCAAAAAGAGCAAGCUCCCUUUUGCUCUAAUCAUCCAGCCAUACGCCACCCUUCACGAUUCCGAAGACGACGUACCGGUCCAAUACGACCAAGUCAUUGCUCGGUGUCGCCGAUGCCGAACUUACAUGAACCCGUUUGCGAGCUUCUUGGACCACAGCCACAGAUGGAGAUGUAACAUGUGCAACCUCACCAACGACGUCCCGCAGUCUUUUGAUUGGGACAGCGUGAAGCAGCAAGCAGUCGACAGGUGGCAACGCCCCGAGCUCAACUAUGCUGUCAGUGAGUUUGUCGCUCCUCAGGAGUACAUGGUGCGAGCGCCGCAACCUCUCAUCUACCUGUUCUUGCUUGACGUGAGCUACGCUGGUGUCACGAGCGGUCUCUUGGCAACGGCCGCACGAUGCAUCCUGGAGAGCCUCGACCGCAUCCCCAACACCGACCGACGCACGCGACUUGGCUUCAUGGCUGUGGAUGGAUCACUGCACUACUUCAGCAUUCCUCGAGACGGUGGAGAGAGCAACGAUGCCAAGAUGCUGGUCGUCAGCGACCUCGACGAGCCGUUUCUACCUACACCUGAAGAUCUGCUGGUCAGCUUGACCGACUGCCGAGCCAAUAUUGAGACUUUCCUCGGAAAACUCCAGGGCAUGUUCGCGAACACGCAGAAUGGAAGUUCAGCCAUGGGCUCCGCGUUGCGAGCGGGACACAAGCUCAUCAGCCAUGUCGGUGGUAAGAUUUGUGUUCUCUCCGCAUCUCUGCCGAACAUCGGACACGGCAAGCUCGAAAUGCGUGAAGACAAGAAGGUGCUGGGCACGAGCGGAGAGAGCAAAUUGCUCCAGACGCAGAAUGCCUUCUACAAAAGCUUUGCUGUGGAGUGCAGCAAGACGCAGGUCAGCAUCGACAUGUUCUUGUUCAGCUCGCAGUACCAGGACCUGGCAUCUCUGAGCAAUCUGCCGAGAUACACCGGUGGUCAGACCUACUUCUAUCCCGCCUGGAACGCCGCUCGGACGGAAGAUGCGAUCAAGUUCGCCACCGAGUUCAGCGACUACUUGUCCUCGGAGAUUGCAUUGGAAGCCGUCCUGCGCGUGCGAACCACUACCGGUCUGCGCCCAAGUGCCUUCUACGGCAACUUCUUCAACCGGAGUUCCGAUCUGUGCGCCUUCCCUGCCAUGCCCCGAGACCAGGCAUACGUGGUGGAGAUUGCCAUCGACGAGAAUAUCACCAAAGCCUUUGCUUGCUUGCAGGCCGGUGUAUUGCACACGACAUGCAACGGAGAGCGCCGCAUCCGAGUGAUCACGGUCAGCAUCCCGGUCACGCAGAUCUUGGCGGAGGUGUACGCUUCCGCGGAUCAGCAGGCCAUCGCAGCCUACUACUCCCACAAGGCGGUGGAGAGGGCGCUCAGCAGUGGGUUGGAUGCGGCGAGGGACAUGGUGCAAGCGAAGAUGGUUGAGCUCUUGCAAACGUACAAGAAGGAGCUGGGCGGUGGGAAUAUGGGCGGCGGUGGGCUACAGUUUCCCGCCAACCUCCGAGCCUUGCCUAUGCUGUUUUUGGGACUGAUGAAGAAUCUGGGCUUGCGCAAGUCGUCCCAAAUCCCCACAGACCUUCGAUCGGCGGCACUCUGCCUGCUCUCGACGUUGCCCCUGCCGCUACUGAUCCAAUACAUUUACCCGCGCCUCUACAGCCUGCAUGACAUGCCCGACGAUGCUGGUCUGCCGAAUCCCGAGACGGGCGCCAUCGUGAUGCCUCCGGCGCUGAACCUCACCUCUGCCAACCUUGUUCCCUUCGGCUUGUACCUCAUCGACGACGGGCAAACGCAGUUCCUCUGGCUAGGCCGCGACGCCGUGCCCGCGCUGAUCAACGACGUGUUCGGCACCGAGGACAAGAAUCAGCUCAAGCAGGGCAAGACGAGCGUGCCCGUGCUGGAGACCGAGAUGAACGAGCGCGUGCGCGCGGUGGUGGAAAAGAGCCGCGACCACCGCGGCAAAGGGUGCGGCAGCAUCGUCGUACCCCCCUUGUACCUCAUCCGCGAGGACGGCGAGCCAAGCCUACGUCUAUGGGCGCAGACGUUGUUGGUGGAGGAUCGCGCGGAUCAAGGUGUCAGCGGUGCACAGUUCCUGGGCAUGCUGAGAGAGAAGGUGUUGAGCUAG